AUGAGCCGUCUCCAGGCGUGUCUCGAUCGCAGGGGGCGUCUAGGUCGGGGGAACAGGUGCCCGUACACGUCGCCGUCGUCGUGGGCGCUGAUCGAGGACAAGCUGUCGCCGUUUGCGAAGGACACGCUCGCCAAGCUCAUCAAGUUCCUCGAGGAGGACGUGUGGCCGGCGGUGCGCGUCGCGCACGCGCAGGUCCCGCCGGACCACGUCGCGCGCUGGAAGGCGGUCGUGCCGGUGACGGCGGACCUGAAGGCGAAGGCGAAGUCGCUCGGGCUCUGGAACCUGUUCCUCAGCAAGACGCACUACCCGGAGUUCGGGGUGCCGCUGACGAACCUCGAGUACGCGGUCAUGGCGGAGCUCCUCGGGCGCGCGGGCCAGGUCUCGUCGGAGUCGGUGAACUGCUCUGCGCCCGACACGGGCAACAUGGAGGUGCUCGCGCGGUACGCGUCGCCCGAGCAGCAGAAGAAGUGGCUCGUCCCACUCCUCAACGGCGAGAUCCGCUCCGCGUUCUCGAUGACCGAGCGUUUCGUCGCUUCGUCGGACGCGACGAACAUCCGCACCACGAUUCGCCAGGAGGGCGACGAGAUCGUCAUCAACGGGCACAAGUGGUACAUCUCCGGUGCUGGUGACCCGCGCUGUGCGCUUCACCUCGUGCUCGGGAAGAGCGACCCCGACAACUCGGACAAAUACCGCCAGCAGAGCAUCGUCAUCGUCCCGGCGAACGCCCCCGGAGUGAAGGUCGUCCGCGCCAUGGGCGUGUUCGGUUACGACGACGCGCCGGAGGGCCACUGCGAAAUCAUCUAUGAAAACGUCCGGGUCCCGGUUUCGAACCUCGUCUACGGAUGGGGCAAGGACUGCCUUCAGAGCGCACGCGACGGGGUGCUGACGCGCUUUUGCAGCCCUGGGCGUAUCCACCACUGUAUGCGCUCCAUCGGCGCGGCGCAGUACGCUCUCGACCUGCUGCUCCAGCGUGUGACGGACCCAGCGAAGAAGACGUUCGGGAAGUUCCUCUACGAGCACGGCACGGUCAUUGCGGACAUUGCAAAGUCUCGGGCCGAAAUUGAGUCUGCGAGAUUGCUCGUUUACAGCGCGGCGCUCCAGAUUGAUAAGGUCAAGGCCAAGGGUGCCCUCAAGGAGAUCGGUAUGCGAAGGUACCUGCUCUUCGCUCCCUGCUGCUUUGUCGUCCCGAGCAUGGCCUGCCAAGUCAUCGACCGCGCCAUCCAGGCGUACGGAGCGGAGGGCGUCAGCCAAGACACCCCGCUUGCCGCGAUGUACGCUGGCCUGCGCACGCUGCGGAUCGCGGACGGCCCCGACGCGGUGCAUAUCCAGCAAAUCGGCCAGCGCGAGCUCAAGCGCGCUCCGCUGGUCACAAAACGUCACCAGGGCUUCCGGCAGAAGGAGAAGGCUGUGGAAGAGAAGUACGGUGUGAAGGCACACCUGUAA